AUGAGUCAGUACAUUUAUUGUUAUGUAGUUGGAUAUAAGGUUGUUUCUCAAUCAAAAGAAAGUAAUGUGGUUUUUAAAAAAGUACGAUUAGGGAAGCAUGACCAUGACAAAAUGCCAAUAAAUUAUAUUCCUCCUAAUAUUCAAGAAUUAGGUAAGAGUUGUUAUUAUUAUGCAGCUAAUACAGAAAUUAAUUUACCAACUACAAUAACAAAAAUUGGAUAUGAUUGUUUUUAUUAUAACUUAUUCAAAUCAAUUGAUUUAAGUCAUGUGCUACAACUUGACGUUGGGGCGUUUAAUAUUUGUAACGAGUUAAGUGCUGUGACUUUGUCUUGUUAUUUAAAAAAUAUUCCUUCUUAUUGUUUCGAAAGUUGUAAAAGUUUGUUAGAAAUGGAUCUUAGACACAUUGAACAAAUUGGUGAUUGUGCUUUCAAUGAAUGUACCUCGUUAUCUUCUAUUACUAUUUCAACAAAUCUCAAAGAUGUUUCUUAUUCAGCAUUCAAAAAAUGUUUUUCAUUAAAACAUAUAGAUGGAUGUGGAAUGAAAAUAUUUCACCCACCAAUAUCAUCAUUAUUUUUUGAUGUACUACAAAAGAAUAGAAUCCGUUGUGAUGGAGAGAUUCAUUAUAUCCGAGAAGACAAAAGUUAUUUUAACAGUUUAAUUCCUUUAGGUGUUAACAUAAUAGAACAAAGUGUUUUUUUAAAUGAUUGUAUUACGUCAGUGUCAAUUCCAUCUAGUGUUCAUAUGUUAUCAGAACAUAGUUUUGACUCAUGCCGUCAUUUAAAAGAAGUUACUUUACCAAGUAAUCUAACAUCAUUACCAACAUGUUGUUUUAACAAAUGUUUUGCUUUAGAAAAAAUCAAUUUAGAAAAUUUAAUUUCUGUAGGAAGAAAUUGUUUCAACUGUUGUAAACAGAUAAAAGAAAUUCAUUUAGAUUUAGCAACAGAUCUUAAACAUGGAUGUUUUGAUAGAUGUGAGCAAUUAUCAAAAGUUAUACUGAACAGUUGUAUUGAACGAUUCCCAAAAGAAUGUUUUUCUGGAAGUAGAGGAUUAAAAGAAAUUACAAUGAAAAAUAUUAAAAUAAUUGAAGAGUCUAGUUUUAUGGGAUGUUCUGAAUUAGAAACUAUUGAUAUUAGUCGCUGUACUUCAAUGGGAAAAUCUUGUUUUAUGAAUUGUACGAAAUUAACAUCAAUUCAAUUUAAUUCUCAAUUAGUAGGACUUGAAGAAUCAUUUUUUGAAAAUUGUGGAUUUAUUCAAGUAAGUUUACCAUCAACUCUACGUUCAUUGAAUAACAACGUUUUCAAAAAUUGUACAUCUUUGAAGUCAAUUGAUAUUCAGAUGGUUACACAGUUAGGAAAUAAUUGUUUUGAAAACUGUUCUUCAUUGAGUUAUAUAAAACUGUCUAAUGAAUUAAAGAUACUUCCAGUCCAAUGCUUUAAAAACUGUUCACAACUAAAAGAUAUUCAACUCCCAAGUUUAUUAGAAGUACUUCAAGAUGAUUGCUUUGAUAAAUGCACUUCAUUAACAAGUAUUAUUAUCCCUUCAUACUAA